AUGCAAUCACUUCUCUUCCUACUUUUCUUCAUGUUCUCUCGAUCUUCAUGUCUUCUAUGUAAUCAAUGUGGAGGCGAACGACACGGUCUCGGAUUACGGUUGCUGCGUACGAUGUGCUGUAGUGCUACCACUAUCGAAUGUGCUGCUGGUCUCGUUUGUCUCCGUGCGCUGGUCGUAUCACCUCAGAAAAGUUUUAUUUUAUCUGGAUGUCAUGUCCCUGAAGAUGGAUUGAUAGGUUGUGAUUUUCACGUUCUUCCUCAUAACGCCUCAAUCCAUCGAUGCACAUGUUUGGAUCAACCAUGUCAAGCGUAUUUUCCGAAUGGAGAUUGUCCCCAGGCUGCACGAAUCAUCCUUAGUCACGAAGGAGCCGAUUUCGGUCUCGGGGAAAUAGAUAGGAUUGUUUUGGAUACAUGUGCUGGUGCCGAAACCUGUUGA